UUUUGUUUUCAGCGACAUUUUAUUCUUACCACGGAAAAUAUAUAUAUAAUUCAACAGUUUUACAGUGUUUAAUGUGUCACAUCUUUCGGCUUUUCUGCCCAUGUUAUCUGUAUUAUAGCGGAUAUGGGCAGAUUUUGUUGAAAGCAACACCCCUCUGCUGUAUCCUUAAAGUGGUUUGCUCCCUCCUGCUGCCAUGUUGGAUGUACGCAUUACUGCUGCAGUCGCUGGAGUUUCCGAAUGAAAGUUGAGCGUUUAUCUGUCUACGUACACUUAACGAGUCACUGGUUUCACAUUCAACAUCAAACUGAGAAUACAAGGGUUUUUCCUAAGCAGGAGCCAGACUGGAAAAGAGAUCGCAACCACAUCCUCCUCCGCCCUCCUGCUCGGAGUCGAACUGAGCGGAGAUGAUCCGGUUGCAGGCCACAGCAACCGGAGCCCGCAUGGAUUUUCUGUAAAUACAGCCGUUUGUAGUGCCCGUUCCAGGGAUAACUGCAUUGUUUCGGGGUCGACUACAAGAUUCUGGUGCCAUGAACAGCCACCCGCCGCCCCGCAGGGCGGUUAACGUCGGCUCCCUGCUCCUUACCCCGCAGGAGAACGAGUGCCUGUUCUGCUACUUAGGCAGGAAAUGCGCCACUCUGUGUUCAGCAGUGGUCCAGGUGUAUGGUGCUGAGAGGAGCUGUAACUGGGUGAAGAGGUGCUGUGGAGUGGUCUGCCUUGUCAAGGACAACCCUCAGAGAUCCUACUUCAUCAGAGUCUUUGACAUCAAGGAAGGGAAAAUGAUGUUCGAACAGGAACUCUACCACAACUUCUUCAUCAGCAACUCCAGACCCUACUUCAUUACAUUUGCAGGAGAUACAUGUCAGAUUGGCUUGAACUUCGCCAGCGAAGAAGAAGCCAAACGAUUCAGAGCCACCAUUGAUGACUUGCUCAACCGACGACAGCGGAAAAUAGAGAAAAGAGGCGACCCUAAAAAUGGCCCAACUCUGCAUGUGGCCACAGUAGACAUAAAGAACCCGGAGAUCAACAAUGUCCGAUUCCACAACUCCCACAGCCAUCAACAGCCAUAUCACAUCAACAACAUGCUGAGCCACAGCGGCCUGAGCCGGAAGGACAAGAAAACCAAAGGCAAGAAGAAGAAGCUGACGAAGGCCGAUAUCGGCACGCCGAGCAACUUCCAGCACAUUGGUCAUGUGGGCUGGGAUCCAAACACAGGUUUUGAUCUGAAUAACCUGGACCCUGAACUGAAGAACCUGUUCGACAUGUGCGGCAUCUCUGAGGCUCAGCUGAAGGACAGAGAAACGUCCAAGGUCAUCUACGACUUCAUCGAGAAGAAGGGAGGGGUGGAGGCAGUCAAGAACGAGCUGAGAAGACAGGCACCCCCUCCACCACCUUCUCGAGGCGGCCCUCCGCCUCCUCCCCCGCCGCCCCACAGCUUGGCUCCACCCCCACCUCCACCUUCCAGAGGAGGCCGAGGAGCCCCUCCUCCCCCUCCUCCAUCCAGGGCCCCGGCCUUAGCCCCGCCUCCACCACCUCCCUCCAGACCGGGAACUCUGGGUGCCCCACCUCCCCCACCUCCACCCACCAGGGGAAGUCACCAGCCGCCUCCUGCAUCCCACCACCACCACCAGUCUCCCCCUCCUCCUCCCCUUCCUUUACAUGCCUCUGUUACUCCCCAACCUCCACCCCCUCCACCUCUCCCAGUGGCACAGCAUUCUGUGGUGAGCAGCACUCCUGCACUGCCACCUCCCCCUCCUCCUCCCCCACCUGGCCCACCUCCUCCUCCAGAGCCAGAUAGCGUAGGUGGGGGUGGAGACUCGCCUCAUUCACUAAGUCCAAGUGGGAAGUCGGUGCUGUUGGAGCAGAUUAGAGGAGGAACCCAGCUGAAGAAGGUGGAGCAAAACAACAGAGUGCCAACUUCCAGUACUGGACGAGAUGCCCUGCUGGACCAGAUCCGACAGGGAAUCCAGCUCAAGACUGUGUCGGAUCAUCCAGAGUCCGGCCCUCCGACACCAGCUCCAACCACAGGCAUUGUUGGUGCUCUCAUGGAAGUGAUGCAGAAGAGGAGCAAAGCCAUCCAUUCCUCAGAUGAAGAUGAUGAUGAUGACGAAGAUGAGGAUUUUGAGGACGACGAUGAGUGGGAUGACUAAUCAGCGCACACACACAUACAGUUUCUCCUAAAAACCUAGUAUCUGACUGACUAAAAAUGUAAAUGUUGUAUGAACUUGCUGUAUAUUUAUUUUUGCCUUAUUUCUUCUCUUUUUUAAAAAAAAAAAAGAUUAUUAUAAAUAAUCUGUGCAAUACCUGAUCCGUUAAAUCUGGUCCGUUUGCCACACAUCCUCACAACUCCACAUGUCAUUUCCCUCAUGUCAUUAGAAGCACUUAAAUCCAGCAUCAGCACAAUGUGGAGACGGCACCAGCUACAUUUCACUUUCGCUAAUAGGUGAACAGAGAACACUCAACUUUGAGGAGUCUGAAUCUGUGUGUGCUCCUUGAGAAAUAUUUGUGUGCGUUUUCAUGUCUUCAUUCCUUGAAAAUUAAAAGGGAGACCAAAUGGGCAUGAUCAUCUGUGUUUGAUAGCAGUUGGUUUAGUAUUAGAGAACACUAUUAGUUUCUUUUCAUCCUUUCAAGUUCCCUGCAAAAUUUUGGUUGCUUCUUCUUUUUUUCCCUUUCCUUUGAUUCAUCUGCUGCACCAUGUCCUCGACUUCCAUGAUAGUUUUUGUUUUUUGUUUUAUGUUUUUGUUUUUGUUUUUUUUGGGGGGGGGACAGGAUAUCAAGCAGGAUAAUGGGGUCCUUUAAAAGACUAAAAGUUGCUACUUCACACAUGACUGGUAAGUUAGGUUUUUGUUUGGUUUUUUCAUUGGAUCUAGUUCUUUUUUUGCCAUUCUUGUGACAUUCCCUGCAGCAUGUGGGUUUGCACUGCCUGUGAUCCUGCAUCUGUAAACAUUGUAGGAAAAUUACUUGUUUAAAUUUUUUUUUUUAUUGCCCUCCGGUGAGGCUUAAUGCUGCAUUUAGAAGCUACUGACGUCGACCAAGUGAAAAGGGAGCGAGACAGGCAGUGGUGGUGCACAGUCAAUAAGAAUACUAAAUUGUAUACCUAAAUAAAUGUUAUUUACAGAGA